CUCACGUUGCGAAGUAUCAUGGCGCCUUACCGACACGAGUGACACGAGUGAUACGAGCGCUAUGCGUUGAGAGGCUCCGGCGAUUGCACCAGAUCGUGAUCAAGUUCCAAAAUUGAAAAGUAAGAGUAAAAUCACCUCUGAUAGACCGCGCACGCUGCAAGAUUACGCAACGAACACUUUAACAGCCAUAAAAUGCCCGUUGUACCUGGAGGAGCUUAUCAGCAAGGACCAUCUUGUUUCGACAGAAUGAAAUUGGGUUUUACAAUCGGAUUUUGCGUGGGCAUGGCCUCCGGUGCACUCUUCGGAGGAUUUUCCGCCCUUAGAUAUGGAUUGAGGGGGAGAGAAUUGUUAAAUAGCGUUGGCAAGGUAAUGCUUCAAGGUGGCGGCACGUUUGGCACGUUCAUGGCUAUCGGGACAGGAAUACGAUGCUAGCUAGGGCGGAGUUACCGCGGAGUAUCUUACAGCCCUUCUUUUUUUUGUUGCGAAUUUAUUCGUUUAUAUUGUAAGCGCGAGUCAUUAAGCCUUUAAUAAAGAUAGUAAUAAGGAAAAUAA